AUGACGGCGCCCUGGGCGGCCCUCGCCCUCCUCUGGGGAUCGCUGUGCGCGGGCUCCGGGCGCGGGGAGGCCGAGACGCGGGAGUGCGUCUACUACAACGCCAACUGGGAGCUGGAGCGCACCAACCAGAGCGGCCUGGAGCGCUGCGAGGGCGAGCAGGACAAGCGGCUGCACUGCUACGCCUCCUGGCGCAACAGCUCGGGCACCGUCGAGCUGGUCAAGAAGGGCUGCUGGCUGGACGACUUCAACUGCUACGACAGGCAGGAGUGUGUGGCCACCGAGGAGAACCCCCAGGUGUACUUCUGCUGCUGUGAAGGCAACUUCUGCAACGAGCGCUUCACCCACUUGCCGGAGGCCGGGGGCCCGGAAGUCACGUACGAGCCACCCCCGACAGCCCCCACCCUGCUCACGGUGCUGGCCUACUCGCUGCUGCCUCUCGGGGGCCUCUCCCUCAUCGUCCUGCUGGCCUUCUGGAUGUACCGGCAUCGCAAAGCCCCCUACGGCCACGUGGACAUCCACGAGGACCCUGGACCUCCACCCCCAUCCCCUCUGGUGGGCCUGAAGCCACUGCAGCUGCUGGAGAUCAAGGCUCGGGGGCGCUUCGGCUGCGUCUGGAAGGCACAGCUCAUGAAUGACUUUGUGGCUGUCAAGAUCUUCCCGCUCCAGGACAAGCAGUCAUGGCAGAGUGAGCGGGAGAUCUUCAGCACGCCCGGCAUGAAGCACGAGAACCUGCUGCAGUUCAUCGCUGCCGAAAAGCGCGGCUCCAACCUGGAGGUGGAGCUGUGGCUCAUCACGGCCUUCCACGACAAGGGCUCCCUCACGGAUUACCUCAAGGGGAACAUCAUCACGUGGAAUGAACUGUGUCACGUGGCAGAGACAAUGUCAAGAGGUCUCUCGUACCUGCAUGAAGACGUGCCCUGGUGCCGUGGUGAGGGCCACAAGCCGUCUAUCGCCCACAGGGACUUUAAAAGCAAGAAUGUGCUGCUGAAGAGUGACCUCACGGCCGUGCUGGCUGACUUUGGCCUGGCUGUUCGGUUUGAGCCCGGGAAACCUCCAGGGGACACCCAUGGGCAGGUGGGCACACGGCGAUACAUGGCCCCUGAGGUGCUUGAGGGGGCCAUCAACUUCCAGAGGGACGCCUUCCUGCGCAUCGACAUGUACGCCAUGGGGCUGGUGCUGUGGGAGCUCGUGUCCCGCUGCAAAGCUGCCGAUGGACCGGUGGACGAGUACAUGCUGCCCUUUGAGGAGGAGAUCGGCCAGCACCCCUCACUGGAGGAGCUGCAGGAGGUGGUUGUGCACAAGAAGAUGCGGCCUGCCAUUAAGGAUCACUGGCUGAAGCAUCCGGGCCUGGCCCAGCUCUGCGUGACCAUCGAGGAGUGCUGGGACCACGACGCAGAGGCUCGCCUGUCUGCGGGCUGCGUGGAGGAGCGGGUGUCCCUGAUCCGGAGGUCGGUCAACGGCAUCACCUCGGACUGUCUGGUCUCCCUGGUGACCUCCGUCACCAAUGUGGACCUGCCCCCUAAAGAGUCAAGCAUCUAAGCCCAGGACACGAGGG